GUUUACGGUUCGUGAGACGAGGAUUGGUGGCGAUGGCCAAUUCAGGUCGUCCAAAUGAUAAUAAGAGUCAAUUCUUUAUUACUUUGGAUGCAACGAUGGAGUUGCAAAAUAAGCAUACGAUUUUUGGCAAGGGGAUACUAUUUUCAACGUACUCAAGAUCGGAGGACUGGAAGUGGACUCGAAUGAACGGCCUUUAUAUCCACCAAAAAUUAAGAGUUGUACGAUUGUAGUGAAUCCAUUUGAUGAUAUUGUGCCUCGGAUAUCGCGUCAGGAACAGGAGGCAGCGCGAUUGAAAGAGUUGGAGGCGGCACAGAAGAAACCUGAGAAGCAGAAGAAAAUGAAAAAGAAUGUGGCAUUACUUUCUUUUGCAGAUGACGCUCCGGAUAUGACAACAGAUCAGGAACAGGAUGGAGAUCAAGGAGGAAACAAAAAGACGAAAAAAAUGCUUAGCAGCCACGAUCUUUUGCAGGACGACCCAACUUUGAGCCGAGAAGUCGAUGCUAGCCUAAUGAGUUCGGAGGAUCCAUCGGUUUUGAGGAAUGAAAGGAGCAAACAGAGGACAGUAAAUGAUGAUAUUACCAGCGAGGGCAAUUACAAGGUUGAAAGUACGAAAAAAAGAUACCAUGAUCAGGAGGAGGGUAAUAUAGACAAAGUAGACGAUGAAAAUGACCAUGAGAGCUUGAAUGCGUUUGAUCAAAGGAUGAAGGAUCAAAUUCGGGAGAAAUAUAAAAAGUCAAAAUUGGCAAAGGAGUCUACAACAACAAAUUCGUCCUCAUCCUCAUCCUCAGACCCAGUAAUAUCAGAAGACGUUUCAAAGACCAAAGAACGCACCGAGGUUCCUCCUCCUCCUCAUCUAUCAGAAUCAGAGCGUCGAAAACAAGAAAUACAGAAGUUGGAGAACGAUAUCCGUAAGAUGCACAACCGAGAAGAUUCUCAAGGAGAUGAGUCAUCAAAGAAAAAGUCCAAAACUGGAAAGGUGUCAUUAUUACAAUUGGAACGAGAGCAGUAUAAAACACGAGGAGAGAUCAAGAGCAGUAGCAAAGGGUCUUCAAAGUCUACAGAUAAGAAAAAACGGACAGGAGGGGGAGAAGAUCUAUUGGCAGCAUUAUCGGCAUUUGAGGCCAAAGUCUUUUCGUCUGCAAGGGAGCCAGAGCUUAAUCCUGUUUCCAAGAAAAAUGACGCUCCACCAUGUGAAAUCCAUGGGAUUCCAUCUUGUGAGUCAUGUCAGGAUACAAUUUCUUUGAAGCAAAAGAAAAAGAAGAAGACUGUAGAAGAGGAUACAGAUGAAAACAAAGACAGGAAAGAAACCAAUGCGGCUCAAGAGGAUGAAGAGGAGGAAGAAGGAGAGAGAGUUACCUCAGAUGAUGAUGAUAUUGGCUGGAUGCAACAUAAACUUGUAUUCGAAAAAGACCUUAAAGGCAAGGAAGUUUCUCUUUCAGCAAAAAGAGAUGAUGUCAACGAUUAUAUUGUGAUUGAUCCGCUCAACAAGGCACCAGCCACAUCAGCUGCGAUGGCAAUGGAACAGCAAAAGAAAGCGGAGCAAACUCGACGAGCGAACCAGUCCUCAAGGCAAGACAGAAUGGAUGAUAGCAGAGACAGUCGUAAAGGGUCAAGCAGAGUGUAUAGCUCCUCAGGGAGUGGCGGUGGCAGUAAACCCUACGAUCGAGCUUCGCCCUCGACAUAUAGGAGGGAUGAUAGUCGUAGAUCUGGUUCUGAGUACGGCCGAGACAGAGACAGGGACAGGGACAGAGACAGAGACAGAGAGCGCGAUCGAGAUAAACGUGGAGGUGGGCGAGAUUAUAAAGAAAGUCGAGAUAGUCGAGAUAGAGAUCGUCGUUGGUGAAGCUUGGAUUAGGGACGGGGGUUUUUUUUUAAAAAAAAAAAAAAAAAAAAAAAAGAGCCAUGUA